AUGCAGUUCAAAACCCUCCGCCAAGCGGAGAAGACGGCGAUUGACGGGACCAAUGAGUCGCAAGAUACCCUGCUGCUCGCGCAUCACCUCAUGAUGGAUUUUGGUGUCGGCCUGCGGAGCAGCUCUCCAACAGGGGACUUCAUAUCCCCCCUUUCCCCUAAUCGAAGUCGGCCAAUGAGUGGCAAGGCCAGCAGAAAUACACUCCCAAAUCAAUUAACGGGCGCGGAAAAGACGCGGGGUACGCGUCUUGGGGACACCGAGGAGAGCCAACACUCGUCAAUACCAGAAACCCAGGACAUUGGAAUUCUGCGAAACGAACUGCGAAACGAACUGCGAGACGAACGGUUGCCAGAUGGGCCAGACCGUGAUGUGGCUUUCGGAGAUGGUGUUGUGGGCGAUUUGAACCUCCCAGACACCCUCCCUCUUUCGGCCGAAAUUGAUAGCACCUCACGGCUGAGGAGGAAGAAGAUGGAGUCAACCCAGUCAUCCACGCAGUCAAAUGCCGGCCGCAGCUAUGACCAGUAUUGCCGCCCUUUAUCUCCAGGCCACACACCACCAAACGCCGGACUUCCCAGGAGUAGCUCCCCAGAUCAUCGCGACAUCGGCGACGACGGCGCUGGAAUUGCCAAGGAAGUCACAGAUGAGGAUGAUUCGGGUUUCGUGGACUUCGGUGAUGUCGCCCGUUUUCACCAUGGAGCCACUCAGAAAACGGACCUGUCCCCGACCCAACACUUGCCAGAAACCCCUACUCCUCAAAAUCCCUUCCGUCAUAGUCGAUCCGAACUUCUCCCGACGUCGCAGCUUUUCCGAGGCACGCAGUUUUCAUCCCCGGUGAAGCUUGCCAGCCCUACCUCAUCGAGACCCUCGCCCGCCGAUUUCCCCGGCAAUUCGAUAUCUCCCAACCCGAUCAUCUCGUCUCCUCUUAAGGCGCGUGGUCUUCGUUCUUCACCCGUUGCGGGCAAUCCUGUUGUUCCAAGAAUCUCCCAUGAUCGGCUGCCAGGAAGAGGUCAGGUCCAGAACCAUGGCUCCUAUGAGCCAGUGCACAAAUCUCAAGAACGGCGCUCGACUUCCGAGGUGCAGACCGACCCCGUUAGUUCCGAGGAUGAGGACGAUCUGCGUGAUUCAAUAGUGAGGCGGAGAAAAGCGAAGCAAAAUAAAGAAGCAGCCUUGAGGCAGUUAACCGCCAUCAGUUUCCCGCGUCCGUCGAAAUCCGAUGACGUCGAGGUACCUUCGACGAGUCAGCGUAAGCGGACAAGCCAAGCAGAGGCUCCGGUUUCCAAUCGCUCGGAAGGUCCAGGUGCCAUGACAGAACUUCCACUGCCCGCUCAGCGUCACGUUGUGGAAGCUGAGGACUCGACUCAGUCCGAUGUAGAGGAGGAGCCUAUUCCUACCGUGGACCCAACGCCAGGCAUACUACCUGACCUUCCACAGCCAUCGCCGAAACCGGUAACCCAAGCUGCUCGGGAUGCCGACAUUGAGACCAUGCCUAGUGCAGAUGCCAUCCCAGAGACGAGUCCAGCCAACAAAAACUCCAAACUUCUCGCAGAGAUAGCUACAUCCAUCGAAUCUGCUCCUUCAGAGGUGAAAGUCACGCCAAAUUUCCAAUCUUCUCCUCCAGCGUUCAGCACAAGGUCUCGAAAAGGCAAAGGUUCAAGGGGGUAUCCGCGAGCAUCAAGUUCAUCCUCGACUCUUAGCAACUUAGCAUCGACUCCUCAACUCCCCUCGCGCGAUCGCCCCGAAACCGCGAGCACUGCACGUGCAACCUCUCCGGCUGAGUCUACGAUCGUGGCCAGCUCCUCCCCUGCCGUUACCCAGACGAAGCGUCGUGAUGCGCGCGGAAGGCUUUCCACCCUCAAAACAAGCUCAACCGAGAGCCUUAGACAGUCGUCAAGAAUGACCCGGCGAGGUUCUAACUCGACAGAUGAGCUCGCCCGGUCCAUACCUGGAACGCCUACCUUCGAGCAAAGCUUGCGGAUCUCCCGGCUUUCAAUGUCUAGGUCAACCUCGAGGUCCGGCCACAGCACUAUGAAACCUCCACCAACUCAACGCAAUCAAAAGUUGUUCGAGAAUAUGGCCUUUGCUAUCUCCUUCCAGUCGAGGAAGCCUGGCGAGAACAAUGACCAAUAUCACUCCCGGAUAGACUUCUCAGCCAUGGUCCAAAAACGAAUCAAGCAGGCCGGCGGCAGAAUUCUUGAGAAUGGCUUCGACGAACUCUUUGAGGUUUCACCCAUGGCGACGCCAUCCAGUAGCCCAACCUCAACAUCAAAUGCGGAGGCAGAGAUCAGCCUCACCCCCGAAGGCCAGACCACAGGGUUCACCGCGCUGAUCGCCGACGGUCACUCGCGCAAGGCCAAAUACAUGCAAGCCCUGGCGCUCGGCUUGCCGUGUAUCGCAGUCCGUUGGGUGACCGCCUGUCUCGAGCGGAACGAGCUCGUCGACUGGACGCCCUACCUUCUCUGCGCCGGCCAGUCGACCUUUCUCGGCGAUGCUAUCCGAUCCAGGACCCUUUCGCCGUACCGUGCUUCGACGGCCAAGUUGGCCGGCGUCAUUGACCAGCGGGAGAAACUGCUCGAGGGGAGCAGGAUCCUCGCUGUCGUGAAGAAGGCGCAGGAGGGGAAGAAGAUGGCUUAUGUCUUCCUUGCGCGAGUCUUGGGCGCGUCGCUGACGCGGGUUUAUAGUGUUGAAGAGGCGAAGGCGGAGAUGAGGGCCGCUGAAGACGCGGGGCAGCCCUUCGACUGGGUAUAUGUCGAUGGCAAGCUGGAUGAGGAGACGCUGUUCGCCGUGGGCCCAGUGGGAGGAAAAAAGAGAAAGCGGGCUUCCGCGGCGAGCUUCGCUGCACAGCCUCCGGUGAAGAGGGUGCGGACGCUGAGUGAUGAGCUAGUCAUCCAGAGCUUGAUUUUGGGACGGCUUAUUGAAGAAGGGGAAAUGGAGUGUUAG